UGUAACACUUAACUUUACAUAAAAUUUGUAUUAAAAAUAUUGCAAAUAAAAAAUUUAAUUUCUUUCACUACAAAAAUAUUAUGCUAUAUAAUUAAAUAUGAGCAAAAUAGCAACCAAUAAUUCCUCGCCAAAAUGUUCUCCUGCAAGUUUUGUGGAAAUACAUAAAAAAUUUAAAGAAUCAUUGGAAAUAGCGUUUCAAAAUGAGCAUUUAAGCUGUGUGAAAAUUGAUUAUGAUUCUUUUAAAAACAAUAAUGAUGCUGACAAAAAAUCGGCUUUGGAUCAAGCUUUUCGAGAGUUACUUUUGCUGCAACUGAAUGAUAUUUCGAAAGUGGGGUCUGUAAUAUCACUUUCAAUUGAAGCGGUGCGACAAGACAUUGUCUCUGUUACUAUUCCAGUUGUUCUUUUAGGCGAUGCAUUUGAUGCUGUAACUUUGGAAAAAUGUGAACAGAUUUUUACUUUUGUUGAAGAUAGAGUGAGCAUUUGGAAAGAAGAAAUAUUUUUUGUAAAUUGCAAAAACAAUAUUUUACGUAUGUGUAAUGACUUGCUACGUCGCCUGUCGCGUACACAAAAUACAGUUUUCUGUGGAAGAAUUUUAUUGUUCUUAGCAAAAUUUUUCCCUUUCUCUGAACGAUCUGGCUUAAACGUCAUUUCAGAAUUCAACUUAGAUAAUAUAACAGAAUUUGGUGUAGACGACAAAGAUUCUGAAGAAGUUUUAGCUGACACACUAGAAGAUAUUCCUGUAAAAAUUGAUUACAACUUGUAUUGUAAAUUCUGGGCUUUGCAAGAUUUUUUUAGAAAUCCAAAUCAAUGUUAUAAUAAAGUUCAGUGGAAGGUUUUUGCAAGUCAUGCAACCGCUGUUUUGUCUGCUUUUAACAGUUUUAAAUUAGAUGAACAAAGAGGAUCAAGUUUGAAAAAAAGGAAACAUGGUCUUACCAACGGAGAAGUUCCAAUGGAAGACAACGAAGAAAAAAAUUUUAAAACUGAGCAUUUCUUUGCAAAAUUUUUGACAAAUCCUAAACUAUUAGCUUUACAACUUUCCGACUCUAACUUUCGUCGAUCGGUGUUGGUGCAGUUUUUAAUUUUAUUUCAAUAUUUGACUUCAACAGUCAAGUUUAAAACAGAAUCAUUAACUUUAAACCAAGUCCAAUCAGAUUUCAUUAAAGAAACUGAAGCAAAAAUAUACAAGCUUUUGGAAGAGACUCCUCCACAGGGCAAAAAAUUUACCGUCACAGUACAACAUAUGUUGCAACGAGAAGAGAUUUGGAAUAACUGGAAAAAUGAGGGUUGCAAAGAUUUUAAUAAGCCCGAUCUAAAAGAAGAAACAAACGAAGAAGAAGUUUCGAAACCGAAAAAACCAAAAAAAUCGCUGGGAGAAGCUAUGAAAGAAGCCUCUAGAAAAGGACAAUUUUUUAUGGGAACAAAUGAACUUACACGUCUCUGGAAUAUCGCACCAGAUAAUCUAAUGGCAUGCAAAAGUGAAGAUAGAAAUUUUUUACCGCAACUUGAAACAUAUUUAGAAAAUCCACGAGAGAAAAAUGAUACUUCAUUUGAAUGGCGUGCUCUAAGGUUACUGGCGCGACAAUCUACCCUUUUUUUUACAUCAGUUAAUUCUCCAUCACCAACUUGUAAAGUUGUAGAUUACUUAGAAAGUGUCAGGCGUAAAAUUUUAAAAGAUAAAAAUGAAAUAACAAAAGUCCAAGAAGCCGUUAAUAAUACUGUUUUGGAACAACAUGAACAAGAAAGUGUUGCAUUAGAAGAACAGGAUGAUGCUGAAUUAAUGAAGACGGAAAACUUAACUCCAGAUGAUCAUAACGCUCACAAGACGAGCACUGUAACUAAAGAAAAUAUUGAAGAAAUAGCUAGUAAAAUUGGUUCAGAAUGGAAAAAGUUAGGCAAAAAGUUGGGAUUUUCUCCUGAUGAAUUACUGUAUUUUGAAAGUGAAAACUCAACGGUAGCUGCUCAAGCACAAGCAAUGCUUACAAUAUGGUUUCAAGAUGAUGAAGAUGCAACAUUGGAUAAUUUAGCAUAUAUAUUGGAAGGAUUUGAAAUGCAAGCUGCAGCUGAAAUUUGUAAAAGCAUUAUCGAUCCACCGACAUCUAAAAUAGAAGAAGUUUCUGAUUAAAAUAAGAAUUUAUAUUUCUUCUUAUUUUUUAUAAGAAGGCAGUAAAACGAUAUACAUGUAAAUGAAAAAUUUAAUUAUAAUUAUAAAAUAAUUAAAAGAAACGUUUGUAUGUGACAAACACAAUAGAAUUAAAAAUGAUAUUAGAAUAUAA